GAAAAAUUCAAAAUAAAAUUAACCAUCAGGCCAUGCUUCUCACCAACCCUUCCCAUCAUUCUUGAAUGUUUCUUUUUUCCCGGAGGUUUUGUGAAGUUGAGUUCAAAGGCGCAGGUCGCCACAAAUGAAUCCCAAGAUGAAAAUCGCUCGGACGGUCCUCGGAAUUGUUGGGAAUCUCACCUCCGGCGCUUUGUUCCUUUCUCCAAUCCCUACAUUUCAUACGAUUUGGAAGAACAAAUCCACUUUGGCAUAUCACCCUUACCCAUACUUGGCUGGGGUAUUAAACUGUAUCUUUUGGGUGUUAUAUUCCAUGCCAUUCAUCCAUCCACACAGCACCUUAAUCACAACCGUCAAUUCCUUUGGUCUUUUUCUUUACGUGUGUUAUCUAGCCAUCUUUUUCAACUACACGGAUCCUAAAAUCCCAACAAAAUCAAAGGAUAGGUUGAAGGUUGUGGUCGGGUUCAUUCUGGAGUUGAUUUUUGCGGGAUCCAUAACUGCUGUUGCUAAAUUCGCAUUUCAUGACGACGACUUUAAAUCGAGAUCUAGAUUUGUUGGUUCCGUUUGUGUUGUGUUUGGUAUCGUUCUUUCCGCGUCCCCUCUCUCCGUUAUGCGCGACGUUGUUUUGAUGACAAAGAGUGUGGAAUUCAUGCCGUUUUGGAUUUGUUUUGCCGGUUUCUCCAACGGCUUAGUUUGGUCUGCUUAUGCUUUUCUCCCGCUCGAUUACUUUGUUCUGACUGGAAAUGGGAUCGGUGCAUUAUUGUCGACUAUUCAGUUGAUCCUUCACUGCAUGUAUCGCGGCAAGACUACUCCAAAGAAAACAGCGAAGCCAUCUGAACCGCAGCUCCAGUUUUGAGUUCAUUUUUUAUUUUUUUUUUUGGUGCAAGGGAUCAAAAUUUUUUAACAUUCAACGCACUGAUUUCAGUUUACUAUUAGAUUUCAUGAUGCAGAUUUUUUUUAUUUUUGUUCAACGGGUCAAAAUAUCGUGGGAUUUUAUCCCAGAAU